UUUCGGUGACUGUUCUUGACUUUUGUACGCGCGCUUGCUUGUAGUUUUUUUUUAAUUUAGUGUCUUAAGACCUGGUUGUGGAGAAAAACAUGGGGGAGUAGGUGUGGAAAUCCGUAAAAACAUCAACAAACAAUGUGAUGAAUGAGCGAAUAGUACCCCGGUGGUGUGGAGAUGAGGUGAUCACCAUGCGAGCUGUGUGGAGGUUGCUGUUGGUGUUCUUGGUCGCGGCGGCACGAGCUGAGAAGAAGUGCCCUCCGCAAGAAAUCAUCUUACCUUGCAGAUGCCUAAUCAAGGGAGAGGAUUUCCAAAUCUGGUGCUCGCACAGCGACUUGCCUAGCGUCCUCGAGGGUCUCCGGGCCAUCGGGCAGUUGGUCGCGGACCCCAUCGAUGAGCUCAUCCUCGAAAACAACUACCUGCCGUCUCUGCCAGGUCGUACCUUCCUUCCGCUUCGAGUGAUGCGGUUGAUGUUGCGGUACAACGGACUGGAAAGAGUUUCCAGCGACUGGUUAGUCGGACUGGAGAAAUCUUUAAUGGAACUGUUCUUAGUCGAGCCGGACUUGCGAAGCCUACCUGACGACUCCCUUAUUCAUUUAAAUCAUCUGGAAGCCGUCACCAUCCAGACUAACCAGAUGAAACGGUACCCACUCUUCUCCGGGCUACCCAAACUAAGAUACAUCCAACUGGAAUCACUGUCCCUCCUCGAACUCACCUCGCGCAAUUUCAAAGACCUCCCAGCUUUAGAAACCAUCCACAUUAGUAAUAGUCCGAGAUUAACAAGACUGGAAGCUAGUUUCCUCCAAGACCUGCCAAGACUGACCCUAGUCAAUAUUUCCUACUGCGGAAUCAACUGGAUGCACCCGAGAGCCAUAGCCCGACUACCUAACCUCAAAGAGCUGUCUUUCGUCGGUAACAAAAUCGUGGAUGUGGGAAUGGUGGGACGUGGGGCUCGGGAUUUGCCUCAGCUGGAAGUGCUCAGACUCGACCACAACUAUGUCGAUAAAGUGACAGAAGCGGCUUUCGUGGAUCUUCCAGCUUUGAAGAAGCUUCACCUAUCGAAUAACCACAUCAGUGAGUUGCAGUACGGGGCGUUCCAUAGAGUACCACUACUACGAACUCUGGAUUUAAAUAACAACAUGGUGCGACGGGUGCACCCAGAAAGCUUCCUCCAACACUCUGGUAGUGGCUUGGAAGAACUAUCCCUCGUGGAAAACGACAUAAGUCACGUCGUUGAACUCAGGUCGCUUCUGGAUGCCCUCCCAAGACUCGUCUUCCUAGACCUGAGUUACAAUAAUCUUGAAGCUAUCCCGUUUGGGGCUCUCCGGGGGCACCCAACUCUAGAGCGUCUUCACCUAGACUACAACAAAAUCAGUCUUAUUGAUAACGAAGCUUUCAUGGCCAUGCCAGCCCUACGUGAGUUGCGCUUAAAAAACAACUCUUUAUCUGACGUGAUAGCAGGACCUUUGUGGAAUCUUCCAGCUUUGAAAGGUCUAGACCUAUCAGGGAAUUUCUACCGGAAACUCGAACCCCAACUUCUAGCCAAUCUCCCGUCACUCAGAAGGGUGGAUUUAAGUGAGAACGAACUCGGGUUUGUUGAUCCGUCAUCAUUUUUGUUAACCCCAGCCCUUGAACAUAUUAAUUUAUCCCACAAUGCGUUAUCAUCGUUGCACCCUGCCACCUUCCGACCUUUAUUGAACCUCUACGACUUGGACGUGAGUUACAACUUUCUCAUUGAGUUCGUACCAAACUUACCUCGUGGUCUGGAAUAUGUGCACAUGUCACACAACAAAAUUUCUGCAAUCCCAACACCACCGUCGCCGGAUUUGGACCUACCGUCUCUACGAAUGUUGGACGUUUCGCAAAACGAGAUUCACAGAGUACCUCCGAACUCGUUACGGUCACUACCACACCUACGCCGUCUCUACUUAAGUCGGAACGCCCUCCAAAGACUAGACGAGAACUCACUCUCCGGCCUCUCCCGUCUAGAAGUCAUCGACCUAGAAGGCAACAAAAUCGUCCAAAUCCACCGACACUCCCUCCGACAGAUGACCGAACUCAAAGAACUCAACCUCAGGAACAACCGCCUCGACAUCAUUUACCCCGAAAUCUUCAAAGACGCCUCAUUGUUACGCAAACUGGACAUCAGCCACAACAAACUCUCCGAACUGGUGCCCGGAAUGCUCGAAACCACCAAAGAGCUCCAAGUCAUCGACGCCUCGAACAACUUCCUGGUCCAACUCCCGCCGAACCUCUUCGGAAUGAAGAACUUAAAAGUCCUGGAUUUGACGAACAAUCGGCUCAAGCAGCUGCAUCCAGAAACCUUGAGUAGUUUGACGUCCCUCCGUGAGCUAAAACUCGCCAACAACUUCAUCCAAGAGCUCAAAAUGGGGGCGUUUGAUAAUUUGCAGCACCUUCGUAACCUCAAUCUUGACAGCAACGAGCUGGAAAUAAUCGAAGCCAAUGCGGUUAGGUCGCUACCUGUGUUAAAAUCGUUGAAGAUCAGUAGGAAUAAGUUGCACGAAAUUCCGAAUUAUGCUUUUAAUAAUCUACCGGCGCUCCAAGUGGCCGAGCUUCAGGAAAACCAGAUCAAGACGAUGGCGAACAACGCGUUUCAUAUGGUUCCUCAUCUUUUGAUGUUGAAUUUGAGUCAUAAUCAUCUGACGGGGUUGGACGACGCAGGGUUACGUGGUCUUAAGUCUCUGGAGAUGUUGGACGUGAGUAAUAACCAGAUUUCGAGAGUGACUGGGUCAAAUUUGGAGAAAAUGGAGUGGUUGGUGGAGCUGAGAAUUAACGAUAAUAGCAUUUGUGCGGUUCAUGGGUCGCCUUUUGAAGGUAUGCCGCGGUUGAGGGUGCUCAACAUGAAGAAUAAUAAGAUGAUGUCGUUACCGGAGCAAGCGGUGCAGAAGCUUCGCAGCAAUAUUGCUGUCCUGGAUCUGGAUGGCAACCCUUUGGCGUGCAGCUGCAACUUACUCUGGCUACAAGCCUGGAUCCAAGAAAGCUCUUCAGUGGGUCCGCGCUGUGUGGACGGUACUCUCCUUCGCGAAAUGCGCAUCUCACGCCAGGACUGUACCCAAGAAGAACGCAACCUUGAACUGGUAGCACCAGGUUGCGAAGCGGAACUUCUCACCGCCCCAGGGUCCCUCGGCACCUCCCAAGUCUUCUCACCCUGGAUGAACCUCAAACAAAACCUCUCCAAAGAGCACAAAAACCACCUAGCACCAUCUCCAGAAGAAUCAGAGUACUUCUACGACGAGUACGUCGACUAUCCCUACAACGAAACCCAAGUGCCGAAAAACGACAACUCCAAGUCGCCCCAUUUCACUCCCGGAGACACUCCAACGAUUUACGCAGCCUCCACCAACAAAUCCCGACCGGACAUCCCUAAGGAAGUAACGAAUUCUCCGAGUACUAGCGGCUUCACGUUCUUCGGGGUACCUUUACCGAGUUUGAACCUGAAAAACCUGCUGGGUGGGAAUACCGGUCGCAUGGAUGAUAAGAGUUUCUCCACGAGUACCGAAGUGGCGGAUCGUAAGAUGGCUAUAGUGAAUAAACCGAGGAAUGGGGCGCGAGGUGGAAUGGGUUUGCCGAACUCGCCGGAGAUACAAACUGGGGGGUUCGUACCGCUGCUGCCUGGCUCUGGGGGGUUCAAACCAAUCCCGAAUCCGCAUCUGGCGCAGGAUGCUUUCGCGAUGGAAAAGUUGGAGCCUGCGUCGUUCCCCGUGGAUAAAGUGGGAGCGACUGAAGUACCACGGAGUACCACGGAAUCGUACAUUUUGCAGAAAAAUGGGUUAGAGACGAGCAUGGGGCAUCCGAUUCCGACUCCACCGGCGACGGUAGUACCGAUAACGCAGCCCCCGGUUGUUGUAAACACGACGAUUGAAGAAGUCACACAGUUGGCGACGAUUGAAGAAAUUGUUACGCCUGAAGAUACUCAAGCCACGGUUCCAGUUGACGUGAAAUUUGACGACAUAUUUGAGGAAAGUGUGGACAACGUGGCUGUAAGUGUACCACAGGACAUUGAUGAUACAACAACGGAAAGAGGUACUACUGUGGAGGCGGAACUAAGUACCGACGUUCCAUCAUCUGUGAGUCCUAAAGAAGACACAAAGAAGGUGGUGGCGACGCCUCUGUCGGCUUUGUUGGUACCAGGGGGGCAGCAACCCGAAUUCAGACCACCUGGAAGACCCACCAUUACCAAAGUACCGUCACCCCACGUAUCAGGAAGCGCACCUUUGUUAUCAGAUUUGGAACUUGUGGAACCUUUGCGCAAUAAUAGAGAGAGCAAAACGACAAAACUCGUGUCGUCUGACGUAAUACCAACCGAAGAUACCAGUUGGUACUUUGCCAACUACAAUAACACUAAUUUAGAGCCGUUUGUAGGGAUUAGCGAAACGACUAGUGGUGGUGGUUUCACAGGGUGUUGGCAAAUUCCACUAAUCUCAAUGGGCAUUUUUUGCAACUACCUGACUGUAAAUAACUAGAUGUAUAUACUUUAAGAAAAUUUAUUAAUACAAUAUUACAAACUGAGUUAAACAAUUAGAUUAAAUUAGAGUUAGUAAAUAAACUAAAAACACAA